AAGAAAAGAAAACCACCGGCCUUCGAAUAGUCAACGAAACUUCAUGGCCUGAACUCACUUGCCACUUUCCAACAUUGCUUGCAAAUGCUUAGAUCGAGUAAAGCUACUCCUCAAAUUCUGAUCCUCUUUCUCUGUUGCUGCUGCAGACUUUGCCAGGAUCUAAUGUAGAGACUUUGGUGGAGCUGACAAAUCCUUGAGUCCUCACGGAUCUCACCAAAAGAAGACAAAUCCAAGUGUUCAUAAGCUUCCCUUGCUCUUUCAACCUGCUACAGGUGUCUCAGUUCAUCAUGCACUCAAUCUGAGUCUUCUCCUCCUCCCAUCUCUCUCUCUCUCUCACAAGUUACCAUGAGAUCCUCUGCCACCCAUCAAUGUCUCCUUCAAAUGCCACCGAACCCUUCUUCUUCCUACUGCUUCUAGUCCUUCUGUGCCUCCCGGCCGCCGCUUCACCUUUCUCCACCGUCGCCAUCUCGCAGUCGUCCAAUGUCACCAUCGUCUGCGCGCUCGUGCCGUCGCCCGUGGCCUACCGGUACGAACUGAAUUGCACCAGCGCCUGCACCCGCGAGCAGCGGUGGUACCCGGCCGGCCGCACGCCUUACGCCGCGGUCGCCGCGGGCAAUGGCUUCCUCUGCGGCCUCACCCUGCCAGCCGACCGCUCCAACGCUACCAUGCGGUGGUGGGCGCUCCCCGCCCAUGGAUACGAGGACUACGAGAAGCAGAUCUACCGGGGGCCGUCGCUCGCCGCGCUCGCCUCCGGCGACACGCACGUCUGCGCCCUGAUCGGCGGCUCGCGCCGGCCGCAUUGCUGGCGGUGGGGCGAUAUGGUCAUCCCCGAAGGUUUGAACCUCUCCGAGAUCGCCGUCGGGCGGGACUUCGUCUGCGGGCGACUCGGCUGCGGGGCGAUCCGCUGCUUCGGGAACGACACGGCAGUCGUCGGGAGGGAGCCGAACGGGAGCUUCAGCAUGGUCGCCGCAGGGACCCGACACGCCUGCGGCGCCUCCUCCGACGGCCGCCAGCUGACCUGCUGGGGCGAGGAGGCGCCGCAAGUGGAUUCGAAUCUCACCCUCGACAUCGUCUCCAUGGCUUUGGGGGAGAGCAAGACCUGCGUCCUGCAGUCAAACGGAACAGUCCUGUGCUGGGGGGAGGGCUCCCGGCCGCCGGACUCCCUCGCCGGCGAGCAAUUCGUCGCAAUCCAGGGCAGGGGCGACGCCAUCUGCGGCAUUUUGGCGAUCAACUUCUCGGUGGUUUGCUGGGGGAACGAGCUGUUCCGGCGGAACCACACCAUCUACCGCAGCGUCCUGCCCGGGACCUGCUCGCCGAUCUCGAGCUGUGGCUGCGGGGUGCUGCCGGGCUCCGGCACCAUGUGCCCCUCCGACGAGGGCAUCUGCCAGUCCUGCAAGUUCCAACUCAGCUCCAACUCCUCCAAUAGCUCGCCAUCAUCGCAACAAGCAAGCAGUGGUAGCAAAAGGAGAACACUGUUGUUGGUGCUAGGCACGGUGGGACUCGGCUUGGGCUUGUUGGCCUUAUCGAGCUUCCUUGUCUAUCUCGCUCUCAAGAGCCAGAGAAGUGGUCGGGUUCACCGCACGGUGUGGUGGAGACGAUGGAGGCAGCAUCCGGCGGCACCGCCUUCCCUGGCGGAGCUGCCUCUCGACAGCCGGCUCGGAGGCGGGACCGUCGAAGAGUUCUCGCUACAGUCUCUGUACGAGAUCACCGACAACUUUGCCGAGGCGCACAAGAUCGGAUCCGGUAGCUUCGGCGCGGUCUACCGCGCGACGCUGCCGGGCGGGCGCGAGGUAGCGAUCAAGCGCGCCGACGUCCAUGCGGCCGCGGCGCCGUCCGCGUCGCGGCGGCACGAGCAACUGCGGCGGUGGAGCGAGGAGCAGCGGGAGCGUGCCUUCCACUCCGAGCUGGCUCUGCUGUCGCGCAUCAACCACAGGAACCUGGUCCUGCUGCUGGGCUUCUGCCGGGAGCGCGGGGAGCGCGUGCUGGUGUACGAGUACAUGGCCAACGGCACCCUGCACGACCACCUCCACCGGCGGCCGAUGGUCCCGUCGUCGCCGCUGAGCUCGUGGGCCGCGCGGCUGCGGCUGGCGCUGGACGCGGCGCGAGGGAUCGAAUACCUGCACGCCUACGCCGUGCCGGCCAUCAUCCACCGCGACAUCAAGUCCACCAACAUCCUGCUCGACGGGGUGUGGACGGCCAAGGUGGCGGACUUCGGGGUGUCGCUGACGAGCCCCGACAACGAAGGGAGCGUCGCCGCCGGCACGGUGGGCUACAUGGACCCCGAGUACUACCGGCUGCGGCGGUUGACGGAGAAGAGCGAUGUCUACAGUUUCGGGGUGGUGUUGCUCGAGUUGGUGACGGGGUUCAAGGCCAUCCACCGGGCCCAGGAGGUGGAAGGUGGGGAAGGCAGCACGACGCCGCGGAACGUGGUGGAGAUGGCGGUGCCGUACAUCGAGGCGGACGACGUGGCGGUGGUGAUGGACAGGAGGGUGCCGCCGGCGUCUGCGGAGGAGCUGGAGGCGGUGGCGUACGUGGCGUACGUGGCGGCGGAAUGCGUGCGGGCGGAGGGGCAGGACCGGCCGACCAUGGGGGAAGUGGUCGGGGCCCUGGAACGGGCCGUUGCGGCCUGCGCCGACCGGGUCGAGUCCCGGUCCGAGCCGGGCGGCGGACGCAGGGCGUUGUCACGUGCGCCGAGCUUUAUGUGAGCUGCGUGAUAGAAAACGCAGCACAGAUAUAUCCCACGCAUUACUUUUUCUCUUUCUUUUUUGACUAAUUUUUCUCGGACUUGCAGCAUUUUUGAAAGGGUUAUGUGAUUAAUCAUCCCACAAAAA